AUCAAAUGAAUGAAAAUAAUGAUGAUGAUGAUGUUAUAUUGGAACCAUUGGAUAAAUCAUCAUCCGAAGAAGAUGAAGGUAUUGAUUUGAAUAAUGAUUCAUCAGAAUUGAUUAUAGAUGAUUUAGUUGUAUCCGAAUCUUCGACAUUAUCAUCAUCGUCAAUAAUCGAAACAACAGCAAUGGAAACUGUCAAUAAUUCAACGGAAUCUGAAUCAACGAAAUGUCCGGGGUUAAUUUAUGUAGCUAAUGUUGAUGAAUUGAUUGUUGAUUCAAAUGAAACUAUGGAUUCUAAAGGCCAUACAAGCAUAAAUGAAGCAGAACCAGAAACAUCAGCUGUAGUAGUAAUAAACAAAAAGGUUGUUGAAUCAUCAUGGUCAAUUCAAGGCAAUAAAUCAUUUAAUCCGAAUUCAUUGAAAUGUAGUACGAAAAAAAGAAAAUCACCAAAACAUCAUGAACAACAACAUCAACAACAGCAAUCUCAUAUGAAUCAUCAACGAUCAGUAUCGAAUUUAGCACUUGAAAAACAUUUGAAUACAAUCAUUAAACAUAGUGAUAUAAUAUCAAAUAUUCAACAGCCAUCAAUAAUGAUGAUGGCUAAAACAAAUUCAACUAAUGUAAAUAAAUCUGGUUAUAAAGGAAAUUAUUAUCAUCAUCAUCAUUGUAUUAAUUCCGGUCAUAAUAGUGGUAAAGUUUCAUCAUCAUCUUCCGCAUCAUUAUCGAAAAAGAAAACAUCGAUGAUCAAUAGCCAACAACGUAAUAAUAAUAAUAAUAAUAAUGGUAUUGCCUUAUUACCAACACCGAACAACAACAAUACUGUUCAUUGUGGAUCAAAAGUUCCGAUAUUAAGUAAUCGUAAUAAUAAUAAUAAUUCUCAUCAUAAUCAUAUGAUUAAUAAUAGAGUCUCGCUAUUACAACAACAACAACAACAACAAUCAUCUAUAAUAAACAAUAAUAAUCUUACGCCAAACACUGCCAAUCGUAAUACAUCAUCAUCAUCAUAUCCUGGAUUUUGUUAUCGAAUUGUUUAUCCAACACAAACUGGACAACAACAACAACAAUCAUCAUCAACAACAACAACAACAAAUUCUUCAGCUCAAUUUUAUAAUUCCGGUUCUACAGGAACAACAACAACAACAGCUCAUCAUCAUUUACCUUUAUCGUCAUCAUUAUCUAGUCCUGGUAAUAUUAAUAAUAAUAAUAAUAAUGGUAACUUAUAUCAACAACAACAACAACAACAACAAAAUUAUCAUCAUCAUCAAAAACAGAAUAAAAUUCCUGCCAAAUUAGCGAAUUCGGCUACAAUACCAUUUCGAACGAUUUCUUAUCCACAACAACAACAUCAUCAUCAUCAUCAUCCACAGGCUGGCCUUUUACAUCAGCCAUCACAAACAAAAUCAUCAUCAUUAAUGAUAUUGCCAAAAUGGCAUAAUCAUAAUUCUUCCAAUUUAUCAAUAUAUCAACAUCAACGAUCAAUGUCAGUACCACCACCAUCAUCAUCAUCAACAAAUAUUUCAUUGAAUUCAAAUCAUUAUACACAACAAAAUUCAACAAUGUUAAAUGUAAAGAAAAAAUUAUUUAAAACUACUGGAUCAAUAAAUCCAGGUGUUGUUGGUAAUGUUAUAAUUGGUAAUCAAUCAAAUAUUCGUAAUAACCAUCAUCAUCAUUAUCAUCAUCAUCAUCAUCAUCAUUAUCAAUCAAAUAUUUUGAAUACCAAUAUCGAUCAAAUAAGUUCAUCAUCAUCAUCAUCAUCAUCAAAAAAUAAUUUUAUUCGUGUUAAAAAAUUUAAAAAUCGUACAAAUAAUGAACCAUUAUUAUUAUCAUCAUCAUCAUCGACAUUAAAACCCGGUAAUAAAUCGAUGAUCAAUAAAAAUGAAUCAAUGGAAACGGAUGAUAAUUGUGAUGAUGAUCAUAAAAAUAAUAAUAAUAAUAAUAAUAAUAAGGGACAAACAUCAACAAUAAUUGUUACUACAUCAACAAGUGAAUCACAACCAGAUUCAUCAACUUAAUCGCAAAAACCACAAAAACCUGUCCAUCAUUUUUGUUGGAUAAAUUUAUCAAAUUACGAUUCUUUAUAAAUCUUUUUUUUUUUAUUUUAAAAAUCCCUUUAAUAAUUUACAUAUACAA